AUGACGCUCGAUCCAGAUAGCUUAGGGAAGGACAAGAGGGGUUGCUCUGGUGCAGACAGUGGUGUUCACACUCCACGUAGGAUAGCAACCCCGCCGCCGCCUGCUGACCGCGCCCGCCUCGAGGUUAAGCACAACGUGGAACAGGGCGGCUCGCGGCGCCCUACAUCGAUGGCGCGCCAUAACGACGUGUCGAGGACAGCAGGGUUGGACGUGGAUGCGCUGGACGAUCAGCUACGGAGAGUUAGUCGUACGCAACGGGAGGCAACGCCAGGAGCCAGUCCGCAUAGGAAGCGGCAGAGGAUAAAUGGCGACAGAUUCAUUCCAAGCAGGAGCCAGGACCUCCAAGCCGACUUCAGCCUUCACCAGCCAGGCACCCCCUCCAGCGCGGCAAGGGCUAAGCGACCUUCUCACGGCGAGCUGAAUUUCCAACGAACUGAGCAAGCAAACCGGACAUACAACACGCUGCUCCGCGCUGAGCUUUUCGAGGGCACAGCUGCACAGGCGACACCACCAACAGCAUCUCCAGAUCACGCUCUGCCGGGGCCCUCGCGGUCUGCGCAUGCUAAUGACGGCACGAGAGCUCAUACGCCGCCUGCUAACCCCGCUCCUUCAUUACCCCCCACCAUGACCCCGUCUACACCACACAAGAACCUGUUUUCCUACAUGUCGCCUCGCCAUCUCAGCGGCGUAGGAGGCCACAUGACUCCCUCCAAGACGCCACAGGGCCGCCACGGCCCGAAUCUGGACACGAGAGCGGAGAUCUACAGCUUGUCGCCCGUUAGGUUCGGCAGCCAGCAGAUGCUGCUCAGUCCUAGAAGGCAGCCGAGGGCGGUGAGCAAGGUGCCAUACAAGGUGCUGGACGCUCCUGAGUUGGCAGACGACUUUUAUCUUAAUCUGGUCGACUGGGGCUCGGCCAACGUCCUGGGGGUCGGGCUCGGCUCGAGCGUCUACAUGUGGAACGCGCAGACGAGCAGGGUAAACAAGCUCUGCCAGCUCGAGGACGACACCGUCACAAGCGUGUCCUGGAUCCAAAAGGGGACGCACAUCGCCAUCGGCACGGGGAAGGGCCUGGUGCAGAUCUGGGAUGCGGAGAGGACGCGGCGGUUGAGAACUAUGACUGGACACACUGGUAGGGUCGGUUCUCUGGCAUGGAACUCGCACAUCCUCACCUCGGGAUCCCGUGACCGCUUGAUCUACCACCGCGACGUCAGGAGACCCGACCAGUGGGUGCGGAAGCUGGUUGGCCAUAAGCAGGAGGUCUGCGGUCUCAAGUGGAAUUCGGACGACAGGCAGCUGGCCUCGGGCGGCAACGACAACAAGCUGAUGGUCUGGGAGGAUCUCAACGAAACGCCGCUGUGGAAGUUCUCGGACCACACUGCAGCCGUCAAGGCCAUCGCCUGGUCGCCACACCAGCGCGGUCUCCUCGCAUCAGGUGGUGGCACGGCCGACCGCAGGAUCAUUUUCCACGACACGCUCAAGGGAAGCGUCAUUAACGAGGUCGACACGGGCAGCCAGGUCUGCAAUAUCGCCUGGUCUAAGAACUCGAACGAGAUCGUCUCGACGCACGGCUACAGCCAGAACCAAAUUGUUGUGUGGAAGUACCCAUCCAUGACCCAGGUCGUCAGCCUGACAGGCCACACAUACCGAGUUCUCUACCUUGCCAUGAGCCCCGACGGGCGCGUGGUUGUAACAGGUGCGGGUGAUGAGACGCUGCGGUUCUGGAAUGUGUUUGGCCGAAAACCAGGCUCAAGAGAGGAUACAGAUGGAGGAGGGCGCCUGUCGGACUGGCCCAUCAUCCGCUGA